AACCUGCUUGUCUUGUCCUGCCUCAUCCACCUUCCAACCCCGUCUCGUCCAAUCCCAGCACUCUCGACAUGUCGACCAAAUACGCCUUUUCCAAGGCACUCAAGGAGCUGCGAUUCCACCACUGUCAGACCUCCGAACACUCCAAUGCCGUCCGUUCCUUCCUCACGCGCGCCUAUCCCACCAUGAAGCACCACAAUCCAUAUACGCCCAUUUUGAUUCGAGAAGCCAUGGGGUUUGAGCCUAGAGUGAUUGCGCGAUAUGAGUUUGGACGGGAGCAGGCAGAGGAUCUCAAGGGACUGGAUGAUAAGGGCAUCGAGGACAAAAUCACUGCAUUGGUCAAAGGGCAAUAGUGGGGAGGGAGGGAUGCAAGUGAAGGGAAGUGACUUAUGCAGCGGAAAAGUAGGAGUGAAAGCUGCUUCUGAUUGUGUGCAUAUUGUACAGUAUGAAAGGCGCUGCGAACGAGACACAUGAUACCCCCGAUAUCUGUUGACAAAGGCUGUGUCCAAUGCUCCACAUUUGACAGAUCACUUGGACCCACCGCGCCGCAGAGGCAUUGAGGGGAGGAGAGAGCAGGCUUGGUGGAUGGUUGCAGAUACUUCGGAUUGCAUAGUUGGUCUGUUAUCCGCAAGGCUUGCACCUAGGCACUACUGAUAGAAGCAGAACACCAAACGAGAAUACUUAACGCAUGUUGACACAGUACAAGGAC